CUUGCCUGCGAGCGAUCAGAAAAAGUUGAACGAGCUAGAGCUCGCUAGCGGCGGUCCGGCAGCCAGGAGAGAGGCAGUCGUCAGUCGGGAGGGCUAUCUCAUCUGAUGGGGAACUGCGCGGCGUCGCGGCACGCUGGGGAGUCGUGGGCGGACGACGGCGAGUGGGAGGGGGCGUCGUCCACGUCGGAAGACGACCACCACCACCGCCACCACCACCAUGACGCGUCGGAGGAGCACUUGUCGGAGGUGACGAUCAGGAUCACCAAGAGGCAGCUGCACGAGCUGAUGGGGAGGAAGACGCCCGGCGGCCGGGGUAGCAGCACUCGGCAGCUGCUGGCGGAUAUCAUGGACUCCGGGGAGGUGCACCACCAUGACGUGCACCGGGAGGAGCACUGGAAGCCCGCGCUACGGAGCAUUCCGGAGGCCGUCGAGUCAUGACGAGACUUGGUGGUGGCUACGUACGUACUUACGUACGCUGCACUGCCGAGCUCUCUGCGGACAGAUUAAAGUUGCCAUUUCCCUCCUAGCCUCUUUUCUCUUUUCUCUUUUCUCGUUCCCACGGUGUGUUUCCAUGUCCUUGAAUGGGAGUACUCCCUUGAAUGGUUGUCCAUGACCAUGCAUGUACAAAGAUUGGAUUUGGAUAGUUCGUUCAAUUUCUAGGGAAAUACGUAUAAAAAAUAGUCACUGAUGUACAUAGGAUG